AUGUGUCUUUCUCAUGUUGAGGAGUGCUGACCAGUGGCCAUGGCUCAGUUUGGGCAGGUUUUGGCUGAAAUAGGUGAAUUUGGUCGCUUCCAGGUACAGAUAUUGAUCUUGGUGAGUGUCCCCAGCUUCCUGUUUUCCUUCUUUGUCUUUGGCCAGGUUUUCAUGGUCCUGGAUGAGGCCCACCACUGUUCGGCGGCCUGGGUCCAGAACCACACUUUGAACCUGAGUGCUGCUGAGCAGCUGGCCCUGAGUGUCCCUCUGGAUGUGGCAGGCCAGCCCGAGUCCUGCCUCAUGUUCCGGCCACCCCCUGCCGACGCCAGCCUGGAGGACAUCCUCAGCCACCGCUUCAAUGAGACACAGCCCUGUGAAGCUGGCUGGGACUACCCUGAGGGCAGGCCCCCUUCCCUACUGAAUGAGUUCAACCUGGUUUGUGAUCGGAAGCAACUGAAGCAGACCUCACAGUCAGUGUUCAUGGCUGGAUUCCUUGCUGGGGCCAUCAUCUUCGGGCCCCUGAGCGACCGGAUUGGCCGAAGAGCCUGUAUCCUGCUGCAGCUGCUGCUGAUUGCCAUCGUGGGCCUGGCCACAGCCUUUGUGCCCAGCUUUGAGCUCUACAUGGCCUUUCGCUUUGCUGUGGCCAUAGCUAUUGCUGGAUGUUUGUUAACCACCGUUGCCCUGAUUUCAGAGUGGGUUGGGCCCUCGUGGAGGACUCGUACAGUGGCUGUGAUACAGGCUAUGGCUGCCCUGGGGCAGAUGGUUCUAGCUGGACUCGCCUAUGGUGUCCCAAACUGGAGAUUCUUGCAAAUUGCUGUCUCUGCUCCUACCUUCCUGCUCUUCUUCUACUUCUGGCUUCUACCAGAAUCUGCACGGUGGCUCCUCAUCCGGGGGAAGACAGAAGAGGCCAAACAACUGGUCAUGAAGGCAGCCUCAGUCAACAAGCGCAAGCUCUCCCCAGAGCUCCUGAGCCAGCUGGUCCCAGAGGAGCAAGCCUGCAAAGGGAAUGCCUUAGACCUUUUCAAGCAUCCCCAUCUCCUGAAGGUGACCCUGAUUCUCACCUGUGUCUGGUUUGUGGACAGCCUGGUGUACUAUGGCCUUAGCUUCCAAGUGGGUGAAUUUGGCCUUGACAUCUACCUGACACAGCUGAUAUUUGGAGUAGUUGAAGUGCCUGCCCGCCUUUUGAGCAUCUUCAUGAUGGAGAGGUUGGGUCGCAAGUGGAGCCAGUCCGGGACUCUGAUUGUGGGUGGUGUCAUGUGUAUCAUCAUUGCCUUCAUCCCUUCAGAUCAGCCUGUGGUGGUCACUGUGCUGGCUGUGGUGGGAAAGUUUGCCAUGGCUGCCAGCUUUACCAUCUCCUACGUGUAUACUGCUGAGCUCUUCCCCACCAUUAUCCGACAAACAGGAAUGGGGCUGGUGAACAUCUUCUCAAGGAUUGGGGGCAUCCUUACACCACUUAUCCUCCUGCUGGAGGUCUACCAUGAGUCCAUCCCUAUGCUCAUCUAUGGCUGCACCACCAUCGUAGCAGGGGUGCUCUGUGUCCUGUUGCCUGAGACCCGUGGCCAGAGCCUGAGGGACACCAUCCAGGACCUGGACCAGCAGCCCUACCGAGGGCGAACAGCUUGUUGCUUCUGAUGCCCAGAUCCAUCAAUACAGAGACUUCAGGAAAACCAAAAGAGAUCACAGAAAAACCUUCUAACGUAAGG